AUGAUAAAAUCGUUCAUAAACAACGGGAUUAAAAUCUACUCGUUAACAUCGGGGAGGGUGAGUCCCGAAAAUGGUGGCGUCGGUAGCGUGGGGAAAGGGAGUGGGAGGAAAAAGAAGAAUGAAUCAAUUGGGAAGAGCGAAAAUUCUGUGGAGAUCUUGCACGAUCUGGAAUUUUCACAAAAAAGUGAACAAGUGAAGAUAAGCGAUGAUGGGAGGUACAUCUGUAUCAGCGGGAUGUAUCCACCCCAAGUGGGGUUGUAUGACACGAAAGAAAUGUCUAUAAAACAUAGAAGACAUUUCGAUGAAGAGGUUGUAAAUUUUGAGUUCCUAACUAGUAAUUAUGAGAAACUAGCUUUUUUAUGUAAAAACAGACAUUUAGAAUUUCACAACGCAGCAGGAAAGUACUAUAAAAUGAGGAUUCCAAAGGAAGGGAGAAAUCUACUGUAUAAUAAGGAGAAUUCUAAUUUAUAUAUCUGUUCCUCUUUUGAUGAAAUAUAUGUUUUGAAUUUACACAAGGGUGGGUUUGAACACUCCAUGAGUACCAGAAAUGAGCACAACAAUUUUUUAUGUAGAAAUAUGCACCUUCCUAUUAUGGCUACAGGGGGGUCGACUGGAUUCUUGGAAAUUUGGGAUGAGCGCGUGAAGAAGAGUAUUUCUUGUUUGGAAAUUCAUGAAGGAGAGGAGCUGACAGCUGGGUGUUUUUCCGACAGUGGGUUGAAAUUGGGCGUCGGGACGGAAAAGGGUAUCGUGAAGAUGUAUGAUAUUCGGCACAGUAGGCCUCUCCUCGUGAAAGACCACUGCAACGAUUUGGCCAUUAAAAAGAUCGAGUUUGUAAACAUAGGAAAGAGUGGUGGGGGUAGCACAGUUUCAGUAGGAGGUGGGAAUGGAAUGUUCUCUAAUGACCGCUUCCUCCGCAGUGGAGAUUAUGGUCCCUCAGUCUCAGGUGGGAGUUCGUCAAACGAGUACGUCACAUCUGCAGAUGCCAACUGCAUCAAAAUAUACAGCGAAAGGGAUCCCAAUUUGUUGACUUUCCAUGUUAUGAAUAGGCAGAGUGAAAGUGGAAAGAGUAAAGGUGGAUCCAAAAAAACAAACGCUUUUAAGUUACUUGGGAAUGAUACCAUAAGUAUCAAUUCGUUUACCUUUUAUAAAAACUCAGGAUUAUGUUUCAUUCCUUGUGACAGUACCAAUGUAUCCCUUUACUUUAUUCCAUACAUUGGAAUUGCCCCCAAGUGGUGUAACUUUCUCGAUAACAUCACGGAAGAAUUGGAAGAAAGAGAAAAAUAUGAUAACAACAGGAAUGAUGGUGAUACACAGUAUGCCACAUCAAAUGAUCUUUUCGACGAUUACGUUUUUGUUUCGAAUGAGCAAGUGGAAAGGAUGAAUAUAAGUCAUCUGAGAGGAACGCCCAACUUAAUUUCCUACCUGCACGGGUACUACAUGCCAUCCAAAUUGUACACCGAUAUUAAGAGCGUUUUUGAGGCUGAUAAUUUGAACCAAGUGAAGAAGGCUAUUGUACAAAGGAGACUGGAGAAGAAACAACAGAUGCGAAUCCCUGAUAGAAGUGUUAUGGUGAACAGAGACUACGUCGAUAAACUACUUACCAGGGUGAACAAGAAAGUAGAUAAAAAACAGAAGGCUAUUGUGGAGGCCCAGGAGCUCUUGCAGGACGAGCGUUUCAGCAAGCUCUUUUACGAUCCCGAGUACAUGGUAGAGACGGUCGACUUAGGGGACAACCCAGGUUGA